GCGGAGUUCAUGGUUGCAAGCCGCCAGGUGCGCCAGCUGGUAAAAAAUAUAUUGCACCUGGCAUGUGAGUCCAAGGCAGUGCCACGUUUGCACGGCGGCAUUUUUCCCUUCAGUCUUAAUACGAUUUUAUUAUUAUUGCAGACCGCCUCUAAUAAGAGCAACCAGGAGGCCUGACAAGGAACAUAGUUUGUUGUCUACUUUAAACGACAGGCGGCUACGGAAACUUGUCAGGUCCCCACUAAGCCAAGUUAGGGAGAGGCGUCGAGUAGCGUUGACAGCACACGGACGGAACUGCUUCCGAGUGCACUGUCCAGAAGAUUGGAGGCUCGCUUCCUGUCUAGCUUUUUGAUCCUGCAACAUCAUUUUUAAAAGCGAGUGAGCGUUUCCUUUUAGCAUUGAUUUUACUGCAUUUACGACUUCCCGAGGCAUUCAAAGGGAUCCCGACACGCCCACCUGUAGGGCUGUGCUCCCGAACUGAGACUUGUCUCUUUGUGUGCCCCGAACCAUCAUCGCCAUGGCCGAUCCCUCGCCUGACGUCGAAGCUCAGAAGCUUGAUGUCCCCGUUUCCGACAAAAUCGAGCGCAGGAGUUCUGUCGCAAGCUCAAUCGACCAGCCUAUCGAACCGAAAGUACAAUCAAGGAGAGCCUCUGUCGCUGUCGACCAGAAUCUGUCACUCGACGACGUCGACACUGUACAUGUUCAAAUUCGAGACUUGAAGGUGUCCGUGGAUACAUCUCCGUCAUGGGUCGAUCCAGCAACAUAUCCAGCCCUAUUCAAGGGUGGUUUGAGAAGCAGCCCACAGAUGAAGACACUGCUUCACUCAGUGGCGGCAGACAUGGCUCCGGGCUCGUUGACGGCCAUCAUUGGCGGCAGUGGCUCGGGUAAGACAACGCUUCUUAACACACUAGCGGAGAGAGUCGCUAGCUCUCGACUUCACCGACAAGGAACAAUCACAUUUAAUGGUCAGUCUGGAGUACAGAAUGUCCGAAGUGCCUAUGUUAUGCAGCAAGAUAUCCUCCUUCCAACCCUUACCGUCAGAGAGACGCUUCGAUACUCGGCCGACCUCCGAUUGCCCUCCAAUACAACAAAACAAGACCGCCACCGUAUUGUCGAGGAAGUCAUCCGCGAGCUUGGCCUCAAGGAAUGCGCCGAUACAAGAAUAGGCACCAGCCAGCAUCGCGGUUGUUCAGGAGGUGAAAAGCGACGAGUCAGUAUCGGCGUCCAACUGCUCGCAAACCCGUCUGUACUAUUCCUUGACGAGCCCACCACCGGCCUAGAUGCUACCAGCGCCUUUCAACUGAUCCGCACGCUAAAGGCGCUCGCCAGAAAAGGACGCACCAUUAUCACGACUAUUCAUCAGCCGCGCUCAGAAAUCUGGCACUUGUUUGAUAACUUGGUCGUCUUAACCCGAGGCAGCCCCGUAUACUCUGGCGCCAUUUCCGACUGUGUGCCCUGGUUCGAGUCACAAGGGUUUGCUUUGCCUGCCUUUGUCAACCCCGCCGAAUUCAUCAUUGAUAUCACCGCCAUCGACAACCGCACACCCGAGCUGGAGGAAGAGACGAGUGCUCGUGUGGAGAGGCUCAAGGCUUCAUGGGAGGUGGAGAGCCAGCAUCGCUAUUCACCCACUGGAGCCAUUGUAGAACAGACACGCAGAGAGCGACGCAAAAAUAGGAGCGAGCAUGCCGGAUUCCUCCGCCAGCUUGCUGUCCUAACGGACCGAACCUUCAAAGUCACAUAUAGAGAUCCUCUCGGAAUGACGGCGUCUAUUGUCGAAGCCAUUCUCAUGGGCGCUAUCGCUGGCUACCUCUUCUAUAACCUCGGCCGUGACCAGGCCGGUAUUCGAUCCCGCGAAGGCGCUCUAUACACCACUGCAGCCUUGCAAGGAUAUCUGAUUCUUCUUUUUGAGACGUAUCGCAUGACCAUUGAUAUUCCCACGUUUGAUCGCGAGCAUUCUGAAAACUGCGUCGAUCCCCUUCCCUUCCUCCUUUCACGGCGUAUCUCUAGAUUACCUACCGAAGAUUUCCCUGUACCUUUCAUCUUCUCCCUUUUCAUGUACUUCAUGUCUGGUUAUGAGCGGACGGUUGAAAAGUACUUCAUCUUCCUUGCCAUCUCCAUCGUCAACCAUUAUAUCGCAGUUACAUGCGCCACCACAUGUGUCGUCGCUGUCCGCCAUUUCCCUGGCGCCAGUUUAAUUGCCAACUUGGCAUACACGCUGCAGAGUAUAUGCUGCGGCAUGUUUAUCCAAAGCAACAGUCUGCCGAUAUACGUCCGCUGGAUUAAAUGGUGCACCUAUACCUUCUACGCUAUGGGUGCAUACUGCGCCAACGAGUUCCAAGGCAACUUUUAUGACUGCCCUUUGCCUGGCGGACGAUCCAACCCAGCUUGCGAGCAAUACUCUGGCGAAUACAUCAUGCGCUCCUUAGGCUUCCCGACAGACUGGGUAACACGCCCCAUUAUUGCCAUGGUCGGCUUUGUUGUGUUAUUUCUCACUCUAUCGGUUAUUGGCCUCACCUUUAUCAAAGUUGAAAUGACCAUUGCCCGCGUGAGGACCCAGGAUACCGAUUUAUCUGCUGGUAAGGAGAAGAUGACGGCCCGAUCUAUUGCUGAAGUCCGCACACUUGAUCUAUCUCUCGAAGACUUCUCCCUUGGUCUCGACAAGCGCGCUGCCAGUGGUAAAAAGCUUCCAUCUCGCACUAUUGUCAACCCAAUCUCCACGACUUUCCAAGCCGGCGUCCUCAAUGUCAUCAUGGGUCCUUCUGGCAGCGGUAAGACGUCUCUCCUCAACGCCAUAGCCCUUCGCCUCCGCAACUCAGUCAGCACAAAGUACCGCCGAUCCGGUAAGCUCAAGUUCAACGGCGCCGUUCCCUCCGACUCGGUCAUCCGGUCUGUGUGUUCAUACGUUUGCCAAGACGACGAUGCACUUCUCCCCUCUCUCACUGUCCGCGAAACCCUCCACUUCUCCGCCGGCCUACGUCUCCCCUCGUUCAUGAGCACCAAGGAGAAGCACGCACGCGCCGAAGAGGUUCUUCUCAAGAUGGGUCUGAAGGACUGCGCCGACAACCUCGUUGGCAGUGACCUAAUCAAGGGUAUCUCUGGUGGCGAGAAGCGCCGUGUCAGUAUUGCUGUCCAGGUCCUUACUGACCCUCGCAUCCUGCUCCUCGAUGAGCCUACCUCUGGUCUGGACGCGUUCACUGCUAGCUCCAUCAUGGAAGUCUUGCAAGGUCUUGCGAACGAAGGCCGCACCCUCAUCCUCACCAUCCACCAGGCUCGCUCCGAUCUCUUCAAACAUUUCGGCAAUGUUUUGCUGCUCUCUCGCGGUGGAUGGCCCGUGUACGCUGGCUCUGGCAACGAGAUGAUUCCCUACUUUGACCGCGCUGGCUACAACUGCCCUGACCAAACCAAUCCUGCCGAUUUUGCGCUGGACAUGAUCACCAUCGAUCUCCAGCAAGAUGAUCGCGAAGCUGAGAGUCGCGAGCGAGUCAAGAAGCUCAUUGAUGCCUGGCAAGAUCCAUCUAUCCUCCCAGCCAGCAAGACGACCGAGAAACCAUCUGCAAGCGACUCCCCUCCUGAGCCGCGCAAGUCUCUGAACAAGGAAUCCGUCUCGACUCCAGCUGAACUCGGAGCUCUCAUACGAAAGCCAGCCUCUCUUGUCUUCGCUCUCCCACUACUCCUCCGCCGCGCUGUCAUCAACACCCGUCGUCAACCAGACCUCAUCCUCGCCCGAACCAUGCAAGUCGUCGGCCUCGCCAUCGUCUUCACUCUGUUCUUUGCCCCGUUGCACAAUGACUACGCCUCCAUCCAGAACCGCAUGGGCUUCAUCCAGCAAGUCGGCUCCUUUUACUUUGUCGGCAUGCUCCAGAAUGUCGCAGUGUAUCCCGCUGAGCGGGACGUCUUUUACCGCGAAGACGACGAUGGCGUCUACGGUGUGGACGCAUUCCUUCUAUCAUACACGAUUCUUGAAGUUCCUUUCGAAAUUAUGAGCUGCAUGAUCUACGGCAUAUUGUCGGUGUUUGCAGUGCAGAUCCCCCGUACCGCAACCAUGUACUUUGUCAAUGUCUUUUGCUGCUUCGGUAUGGUCUCGUGCGGUGAAUCCCUCGGUAUCAUGUUCAACACACUCUUCAGCCACACCGGCUUUGCUGUGAAUAUUAUGGGCAUUAUUCUGUCCAUUGCAACCGCCAUGGCUGGUGUGCUGUCCCUCAACAUGCCGGAUGCAUUCAAGGCCGUCAAUUACCUUUCGCCGGUGCGCUAUGCUACCAACGCCAUGGCACCGUUCUCGCUGCGCGAUAUCCAGUUUACCUGUACCGACGAGCAGAGACUACCGAAUGGUAGCUGCCCCUACAGCACUGGCCAGGAGAUUCUCGAUCUUUACGGGUUCAAUGUUAACCCUGUCGUGAACAUUUGCUGCCUUGCUGCAUGUGUGGUUGUGUACCGUGUCAUUGCAUGGGCACUGCUACGCCUCAUGCGGGCUAGAUGGGCUGAAAAGAAGGAGCGCCUUCGCGCCCGUAAAUAAGAUCGCUAUAUAUACGGGGUUAUGUAUGAUGUAUAUAUUUUAGUUUUGCAUAAAAAAGAUUAUCUUAGCUCUAUUUUAAUUGGAUAUUAUUUUCACGUU